AUGACGUCUCGAAAAACACAGCAAGAGAUCGAUAAGACCUUCAAAAAGGUCGCUGAAGGCAUUCAAGCAUUCGAAGGCAUAUACGAGAAGAUCCGAUCAGCCACGAACCCCACCCAGCGCGACAAGCUCGAGGAGAACCUCAAGAGGGAGAUCAAGAAGCUCCAACGAUUCCGAGAUCAGAUCAAAUCGUGGGCUGCAGGAAAUGAAGUUAAAGACAAAACCCCGCUGCUCGAGCAGCGGAAAGCAAUCGAAACUUGUAUGGAGCAGUUCAAAGCCGUGGAAAAGGAGAUGAAGACAAAGGCAUAUUCAAAAGAAGGUCUCUCAGCUGGUGGCAGACUUGAUCCGAAGGAAAAGCAGAAGGUGGAGAUGUGCGACUUUCUAUCUAACUGCGUGGAAGAGAUCCAACGGAAGAUCGAGGCAUUUGAGGCCGAAGAGGAGACGCUCCAUAUCCAGCUGAAAAAGAGCAAAAAGGACGUCACCAAGACAAAUCGCCUUUCCGAUGUCGAGCAUCUAUUGGAGCGUCAUAGAUGGCACCUCAACAAGCUUGAAUUGCUAUUACGGUCAGUGGAAAAUGGCAACGUCGAUGUCAGCGAUGUCCUACCGGUCAAGGAUAGCAUCAAAUACUACGUGGAAGACGGUCAUAACAUAGACUACUCUGGUGAAGAUGAGACGCUAUAUGAUGACCUGAAUCUUGGUGGUGACGCCGAGACCCAGUUUGGAAUUGGUUUGGACAACGACCGUGUCUCCUCUCAAGAUACACAAUCUCUCCAGGAGGAAGAAUCCGAACCGAGAGCAAAAUCCAAGACAGAUACUCCAGGGCAUCGGCGACCCUCAACGCAGAUGAAAUCUCCUCUUCCGGUACUCGCAACUCUACAUCUCGCUGGGUCUUCGUCUUCCACUACGAGCAUGAAGCCUGCACCACCGCCGGCCCGUCUCCCGGGAGAAACACUGAAGUAUGCAUCCGCUGCGGCGGCUGCUGCUGCAAGCGACAAAAAUGGCGUUGGAAUUGCACCUCUUCCACCACCUCCGGGCGCUAGCCCUGCCAUCUCAGUUGCAAUCCCAUCCAAGACCCCGUCAAUUGCCUCGCCCAGCGUCACAACAGCACAGCCGGUAGCCAGACCAAUCCAUUCACAAACGGCGGCUACAGGAGAGUCUGGCGGUCAUGGAGCACGAACAGGGACGCCAGCGCCGGCUCAGACUCCCAAUCUCCCCUCAGCGACUGCGGCAAGUGCGGUGCCGCCUACACCUGCAGCUGCAAAGUCGGAGACCACUGAGGCCAAGGGACAGCCGAAGGCAAAUGGCGACGUAGCAAAAGCAGAAGGCGAUACAGAGGAAUCGAUAUACCACCUACCACCAGGGCUCCAGGACUUGAUACACUCAUUCGAGGCCACCAAGAACAGAGCAUCGACGCACCCCUCCCCAUCGGUUCAACGACUGAUUACCGCAUCGCUCACCACUUGUCCAGAGCCUCUUGAUGCAGAGAAGCCCCGGCACUACAAACCACAAAACCCAUACAACACACCUAUUUACUACCCUCAAGAGCCGCUCCCAAUAUUUGAUGAUGCCCGGCUAUACGAUACGGGAAGGAUCGAUACAGAUACACUAUUCUAUUUAUUCUACUACCGCCAGGGAACUUACCAGCAAUAUCUGGCUGCCAAGGCCCUUAAGAAUCAGAGCUGGCGGUUUCACAAACAAUACCAAACAUGGUUCCAGCGGCAUGAGGAGCCCAAAACGAUCACCGAAGAAUUCGAACAGGGUACUUACCGAUUCUUUGACUAUGAGAGUACAUGGAUGAACCGACGCAAGGCGGACUUCAAGUUCAUCUACAAGUACCUGGAGGACGAACUGUAA